UCCUUCUCCUCCUCGACUACAUCUUGAUUCUGCCUCGAACUUGUGUAGUAGUUCAUGCUCGCAAGUAAGAUGCAUCAGACGCAAGAAGGUGUAGAGCGAAGAGGAGGAAUGGGAGAAGAUGGCAAGGAGAUGUGGGACAUGGGGAGCUCGCUCUACGACUCCUACGAGCUGGCCUCCUUGUGCCAGAUCCUUGACAGGCACGUCGGCACCGGCGACCUGCCGUUGUUGCACGGCGAGCCGCGGCAGGAGGGGCAGCGCAUCGGCACCGGAGCGCCGCCGCCGCCCAAAGAGAGGAGGAACGCGCAGGCCGUGGUGCCCAGGGGCGCCGCCCAACGGGGCGGCGGCACCGGCAGGAAGGUGACGCUGCGAGCGCUGUUCAGGGCAGCGGCGUCAUGGGCGGCGGUGACCAGGCCGAGGAAGGCGCACGGCGGUGCCUGCGUUGGUGCAGAUUCCGCCGGAGCAAUCGAACCGGUUGUCUCGCCGGGCCGGUAAAAAACUUUGAUGUGAUCUUCGUUCUGUGUUCUUCAGCUGGGGACAUGAAUUUUCUUCAUCUUUGGUUGGUUUGUUGCAAUCUACCGUUUGCAAUGUGCCUUCUUAUCUGACUGUCGAUCAUGGAGUGAGUAGCCAUGUCUCCAGGCAAUGUGAUCCGUGAUGGUUUCUACUCCUACAUGGUGCACGUCAUCAUCUGAGCUAUAGCUCUGUGUGUCGCAUGGUAUCAUCUUCUUCCUCCAGGUUUGGAAAGUCGUUGAAUUGAAAC